AUGACUGCCAGCUCUAUUGCCGUGCCUUCUCUCAUAUCAAGUGCCCAGAGAGCACAGAACAUCAACAUUAAAGAAAAAGAAAUUACCAGGGAGUUUUGGAAGCCAGGGGGUUGGAAGGGAUUUGAGGAAUGUCUCAUCCUCGACUCCACCCCAAAACCAGAAAUUGGUGGCAGCCCAACUCCUCCCCGCCGCCUCUGGCUUCCCUGGCCUCUGAUAGCAGGCUCAGGGGGCCUUUCAAGGUGGCCAUCCACACAACUUCUCUCAGGUAGGACCCAGACCGGCUCGCCCUCAGUGCCCCCAUCUCGGGCUCUGACCAGCGCCGAGGUGACCACCCUGGUGGUGGACAAUGGGUCAGGGGUGUGCAAGGCCGGCUUCGGGGGUGAUGCCAUCCCAUGGGCCAUAUUCCCAUCCCUCGUGGGGCGGAUGGCAGCAGGGGUGCUGGUGGACAUGGGCCAGAGGGACAGCUAGGUGGGCGAUGAGGCUCAGAGAAAGCAUGGCAUCCUACGCCUCCUCUGCCCCAUCAAGCAUGGCAUGGUGACCAGCUGGGGUGACAUGGAGGCCCUGUGGCACCACACCUUCUACAACAAGUUGUGGACGGCACCCGAGGACCACCCGGUCCUGCUGUCCGAGGCCGUCCGCAACCGCAAGAAGAUGGCGCAGGUCAUGUUUGAGGCCUUUGGCGUGCCCACCCUGUACGUGGCCAUCCAGGCCAUGCUCGCCCUUUAUGCUUCUGGUCGUACCACGGGGAUCGUGCUGAACUCUGGCGAUGGUGUCACCCAUGCAGUGCCUAUCUACGAGGGCUACGCACUGCCCCACACCAUGCUGUGGCUGGACCUGGCGAGACUCAGCCUGACCGAUCACCUUGCCCAGCUACUGACCGAGCAGGGCCAGAGCUUCGCCACCUCAGCCGAGAAAGAAAUCUUGCAUGAUGUCAAGGAGAAGCUGUGCUACGUGGCCCUGGACUUCGAGCGGGAGUUGGCAGGCAGCGGGGCCGGCCCCAGGGCGCCUCUGGAACACAGCUACAAGCUCCCAGAUGGGCGGCUCAUCACCGUGGGCAGUGAGCACUUCCGCUGCCCAGAAGCCAUCUUCCAGCUGGCCUUGCUGGACCUCGAGUGCAGCGACCUCCACAAGACCCCCUUCGGCUCCAUCGUGAAGUGUGACGUGGACCUCAGGGUCCUCUAUGCCAACACUGUGCUGCCUGGUGGCAGCACCCUGUAUCCAGGCCUCGCGGGUCAACUGAACAAGGAGUUGGCCGCCCUGGCCCCCGGCACCAUGAAAAUCCAGAUCAUCGCCCCUCCGGAAUGCAAGUAUUCCGUCUGGAUCGAAGGGUCCAUCCUGGCCUCUUUGUCCACCUUCCAGCAGAUGUGGAUCAGCAGGCAGGAGGAUGACGAGGUGGGUCCCCCCCCCAUCGUCCACAGGAAAUGCUUCCAAAGGCCAUCGUUGCACUUCCCAUGUGGCUCGGGCAUUUAG